AGUCAAGCGAAGUUGCUUGCAGAGCAAAAACGAUUUCCAUUUGCUACUGAUAAUGACAACACAAAUGAAGAAUUGGCAAUUGCUUAUGUGUUGAUUGGCAACGGCUUGUAUGAUGAAGCCAUACGACAUUUUUCAACAAUGCUGCAGGAAGAACCAGAGCUGGUUAGUGCAAUUUAUGGACGAGGGAUAGCAUAUGGAAAAAAAGGACUACAUGAUAUGAAAAAUGCUGAACUUGCUCUGUUUGAGCUCAGUAGGGUGAUUAGUCUAGAACCAGAUCAUCCUGAAGUAUUUGAACAGCGAGCAGAAAUACUGUCCCCACUAGGACGAAUCAGUGAAGCAUUAUCUGAUCUCACCAAAGCUAUUCAGCUACAACCAUCAGCACGGCUCUACAGGCACAGAGGUACCCUUUACUUCAUAUCUGAGGAUUAUGCAACAGCCCAUGAAGAUUUUCAGCACUCACUGGAACUGAACAAAAAUCAGCCUAUAGCUAUGCUUUAUAAAGGCUUAACCUUUUUUCACAGAGGACUUCUGAAGGAAGCCAUCGAAUCGUUCAAAGAAGCUCUGAAGCAGAAAGCAGACUUCAUAGAUGCGUAUAAAAGUCUGGGACAAGCCUACAGAGAACUUGGCAACUUUGAUGCUGCUACAGAGAGCUUCCAGAAGGCUUUACUCCUAAAUCAGAAUCAUGUUCAGACGUUACAGCUCAAAGGAAUGAUGCUUUAUCAUCAUGGUAGCUUAGAUGAAGCACUAAAGAAUUUUAAGAGAUGUCUACAGCUAGAACCAUACAAUGAAGUAUGCCAGUACAUGAAAGGUCUCAGCCAUGUUGCAAUGGGACAGUUUUAUGAAGGAAUAAAAGCUCAGACUAAAGUUAUGUUAAAUGAUCCACUACCAGGUCAGAAAGCCAGCCCAGAAUAUCUGAAAGUGAAAUACCUCCGAGAGUAUUCCAGAUACUUGCAUGCACACUUGGAUACCCCUCUUACGGAGUAUAAUGUUGAUACAGAUCUUCCUGGAAAUUUCAAGGACCACUGGGCCAAAAAUCUUCCUUUUCUUAUAGAAAAUUAUGAAGAACAGCCAGGGUUACAGCCACAUAUAAAGUGA